AUGGCUCAGUGGAUAAAGAUACUUGCUGCCAAGCCUGACAAGACUGGGCUUCUCUUCACGUCUUCUCACAAGACUUCCAGAAUCAAGCGAUUCCUAGCCAAGAAACAAAAGAAAAAUCAUCCUAUUCCUCAAUGGAUUUGGAUGAAAACUGCCAACAAAAUCAGGUACGGCUCCAAGAGAAGACACUGGAGGAGAACGAAGGUGGGGCUGUAA